AUGCUAACCAUUUUUUUUUCAGAUGCAGCCCAUUGUGAAAAGUGUCCAGUUGACCAGUAUUCCAAUAAGAAGCGGGAUCAGUGUGUCCCCAAAAGCAUAAGUUUCUUAUCCUAUGAAGAAUCAUUGGGACUCAUCCUGACUUUCCUUGCCAUUGCUUUGUCCCUAACCACUGCCUUUAUUCUGGGAAUCUUCAUUAAACACCAAGAAACUCCCAUAGUCAAAGCCAACAACCGUGAACUCACCUAUGUUCUCCUGGUUUCUCUCCUGUUUUCUUUCUUGACCUCCCUUCUAUUCAUCGGUCGCCCCAUGAAAAUGACCUGUCUCCUUCGACAAACCAUUUUCAGCAUUGUUUUCUCUGUUGCCGUAUCUUCUUUGCUGGCCAAGACUGUAAUGGUGGUGGUGGCCUUCCUGGCUACAAAGCCAGGAAGCAGGAUGAGGAAAUGGCUGGGGAAGGGUCUGGCCUACUCAAUUGUUUUAUCCUGCUCUGGUAUUCAAGUAGGCAUCUGUAUGACAUGGCUGGGAAUCUUUCCCUCAUUCCCAGAUUCUGACUUUCAUUCCCAGACAGAAUAUAUCCUGCUGCAGUGCAACGAAGGUUCAGUGACCAUGUUCUACACGGCCCUUGGCUACAUGGGUUUUCUGGCUGCCAUCUGUUUCUUGGUGGCAUUUCUGGCUCGAAAUCUGCCAGGGACCUUCAAUGAAGCCAAACUGAUCACCUUCAGCAUGUUGGUUUUUUGUAGUGUAUGGAUCUCCUUUGUCCCCAGCUACCUGAGCACCAAAGGGAAAUACAUGGUGGCUGUGCAGAUCUUCUCCAUCUUGGCCUCCAGCCUAGGUUUAUUGGGUUGUAUUUUUGUUCCCAAGUGCUACAUUAUUACACUGAGACCUGACAUAAACACCAAGGAACAUCUGAUGAUGAAAUCUCAUUAA